UUAAUCAAUCAGUCAAUUAAAGUCACAGUGAACCUUACAAAAACGUUUUAAAGCACACUUCACAUGCUACUGAGAGACAGUAAUUUGAACACAUAUGGAUGCCAGUAUUUGUCAGUAUUUAUUUGUCAGGGUAGAGGUCAUGUGUGUUUGAUUGUAAGUUUAGCUUUUACCACCCAGUUAUUGUUGGGGGGGGGGUUGUGUUAAACAAAGGCAAAUACAUUCUGUGGACUGAGACGGAAGCUGACUAAUGGGUUGAGAGUAACUGAGGAUAUGCUGAGGUUUCUGUGACGGGGGAGUCACCUGGGAGAAUGUUCCUCAGCUCCACUAUAUAAGACUGUGCAGAUCAAGAGGGGACCAUGAAACAGCUUCAGAAGCCAAGAGAGAAGAAGGGCACCAAUCCUCUCUCAGACGCUCAACAGAAAGGAGCACAGAAGCUCAAACAAUGACAAGCGCUCACUCUUUGGCUGGACUCCUGCUCCUCAUCAUCAUCCAAAGCAGCUGGCAGGUGCCUGAUCAGGACACAGACCGAAAUUCCAUGUUACUGACUGAAAACUCCAUGCUGACUGAACCCAUUGAGCUCCCAAACAUGAAGAGACAUUCAGAGGGAACAUUUUCCAAUGACUACAGUAAAUACCUGGAGACAAGAAGAGCACAAGACUUUGUCCAGUGGCUAAAGAACUCUAAAAGGAACGGAAGUCUAUUUAGACGCCAUGCAGACGGCACCUACACCAGUGACGUGAGCUCCUACCUGCAGGACCAGGCAGCCAAGGAGUUUGUGUCCUGGCUGAAGACUGGCCGAGGCAGAAGAGAGUAAACUCAACCAGAGCGCCCCAACAGCUCCCUAAAUAAUGCAGCAAUUCACACUGACUCUGUGCUAUUAUAUGUUUCACAAUCUGUAAUAGCCCUUUUCCUCGUCAUGCUAUUAAAUUCCCCUCAUAAGAAGCUAUGUUUGGCCUUCAGUGGUUGAAGGAAAUGUUGUUCAAAUGCAAAAAUUCACAGUAUGUUUGAAAUGUGUCUCAAUCAUAAAUGCUGUGUGAAUUUUUAUCAAGCAUUCACAUCAUGAUUCAUUUUUUUCGCAUUUCACAUUUUUGGCAUUUUCAUAUUUUCCUUCUCACAUAAAUUUGUAAGAAUAUGUUACAAUCACGUUAUUGAUCUGAAUUGCAACUUCGACAAUUACAUCUGUAGAUAGUCUCAAUUUUCUUAUUAUUCAGAUAAAAGUCAUAUUUAGUUUUCAAUAAAGAAAUGUGUACAAUCUA